UUUUAGAUAGGAGACAAACAAAAAAAGAAAACAAACCCCCUCUAAGAAAAAGUGGAAAUGAUUCAUUUAGUGGCAGUGAUGCUAAUUCUUGCAUCCUUGGACCAAGCAAAAUCAGAUCCCAAGGUGAGCGGCUGGGAUGACGAAGACUGGUUAGAUCCAACUAUACAAACCACCAAUUACGGCGAUGGUACAUAUUAUAAUCAAAGUGCAAGCAUACUAGAUAGUACGGAAGUACAAUUCAAAACUGAUUCUCUUUUGGGGAGCAAUGAUCUUAUCUACAUUGUAUUCGCCAAUGAGAGAUGGGAAAUGACCGGAAAGCUCAUUUUAAAAUUUGAGGAAAGGAUGGUAAUCAACCCUUACGACUGCGUGGCUAACCCAGAAUUCUCCGCCACCUUACCGAGUGAAAACGAAAAGAUCUGGACCGUUUCUUUUAACGACGAACUAAGGCUAACAAUAGAUGUCAAUGGGGUCAUCGUUUACAACUUUUUGAUGUCAGAAUGUACAGUAUCGUAUUGGAAUGAAGUGUGGAAAAAAGGCUCAGUAUCCAUAGAUAUUGACACAGACGAUUCCAAGGAUAUAAUACUGGACGGUUACAGGGCAAAACCCAAGGUGAGCGGUUGGGAUGACGAAGACUGGAUAGCUGCAGACACAAUCACCAAAAAUGACGGAAGUGGUGAUUAUUAUAAUCAAACUGGAAAUGUAGAUAGUGCGGGAAUACAAUUUAAAACUGAUAGCGUUUUGGGGAGCGAAGAUCACAUAUCUGUUAUUUUUCUGAACAAGGAUGAUGAAGAAACCGGAAUGUUCUAUAUUCAAUUUAAAGAUGCGAUGAUCAUACAUCCAAACGGCUGCCUGGCUACAGGCACAGCAAAAUUGUCCGCAGCCAUACCGAGUGAAAAUGAAAAGAUCUGGACUGUUUCUUUUAACGACGAACUAAGGCUAACAAUAGAUGUCAAUGGGGUCAUUCUUUACAACUUUUUGAUGUCAGAAUGUACAUCACAGUCGUGGGCAAAUAAUUGGAAAAAGGGCACAGUAUCCAUAGAUAUUGGAUCAAGAGAUUCCGAGGAUAUAGUACUGGACGGUUACAGGGCUUUCCAAAAAGAUGAUCCCAAGGACGAUGGAAGUGGCAAAGAAAUUGACGAAGAUGAUACAAAUAGCGAGGAUGACGAUACGAUGACCAAUAAUGAAGAUAAUCACAACUUUUCAGAUGCUGGAUAUAGCAUGACGAUCAGUACAAUUCUAUUUGGUACUUUGCUAUUUGCAAUAAACAUGAUUUACUAAAAGUCACGUUGAAAAUGUUUGAACACCGUAAUUAUAAAACAAAUAAAGAUGAAUAUGGAUGAAUAUGGACGGAUAUGGAUUAUGGCCAAAAUGCAUGCAUGCUGCAUGAUCCAAUCUAUCAUUAUAUAAUUAUAGCCAUACUAGAGCUCUAGAUUUAAACAUUAAAUGUGUAGCUUUCAGUUUCCUAAUAAAACUGUAUUGGAAAAUUUAUGGAAUUUAAAAUAUCAAUAAUUUUAAACGAAAAACAUUUUAUUUUAAAUGUUUUUAAGAUCCAUACCACAUCUUAUUGUGGCUUAAUAUUUGGUACAUUUGUAUUCUACAGUAUAUAUGGGUAUUGGGCAUAUACUACUACAGUAUAUAUGAAUUAAUUAUACUUAUAGCGUUUCUGUUCAUGUUUACUGCCCAGCUAUUUUUUUACAAUUAAAUAAGACAUUAGUGCGACACCAGAAGCUACAAUUACAGGUAUUUCACCCAAAGCUUUGUUUUCAGCAUGAUUUGUGCUUGGGCCUGGGUAGAUCGUGUUAUUUUAGUUAUUUUUUAUAUCAUAUCAUCUUUAGUAGCCAUUUUCCUUACGUGUUCACAUGUCAUAAUCAUGUAUUUUAGUGACUAUAAUAUUUUCUAACACGCAUUAACAAUCUACUUUCAGCAUCUUUUCACCUCACAAGCAUAAUCAUUGUCACCUAGAUUGCACUGCACUUUUAAUUAGUCCUUUCACGUGCCACAUCACAACUGCAAAACAUCCAAUCAUUUAAUAAGCUUCAUACCUCAUAUUUGUAAUUUAUUUGUCACGUGCCUUUACAUUUAUAUAGCUAUAUAGGAAAGUUUAGAAUCACCUGGCAGUUCAUUUUUAAUCCUUCUCUUUUAAGUUAUCGAGUAUACAAUUCCUUUCUCGUAAAUACUCUAUUUCUCUU